AUGCUGAAGCGUUGUGAUGCAACGCUUACGGAAAUUGAAAAUGAUAACAACACUGAAAAUGCGCAGUUCAUUGAAGGGCAAGAGGAUGAUGAUGAGGAGAACGAAGAAUAUCCGGAAGAGCAACUCGUUGAGAAACCAUUUAAAUUUGAGGAUUUCGCUAAGAGGUUGCUGAAUCCGAAAAUCAUACGCGCUUGCACGGUGGUUCUAACCGAUUGGGAUCAAAUUCCGACAAAAUCUUUGAAGGCAGCUGUGACCAUACUGCAUCGCGUGGCUGUGGCUUGCUCUUGUCCGGCAAUGUUGUAUCACGCGAAACUCUUCCGCAUUUUUCAGCGUGUUCUCAGCAUCGAACGUGAUGCCCACCAUGAAGAAUUGCGACGUCUCGGUAUCUAUAUUGUACGUAAAUUUGUCGAAGUUGCACCCACAAAUCCGAAAAUCUACGCUGAAUUAUUAUUCUGGAAGAGCGUGAAGGAGGCUAACGAAUUGGAAGGCGGCUAUUGUGAUGCAUAUGAGCCCGCUAAAGGCGUAUGGACCGAAGAACAAGAGGAUCAACUGCGUAUGCUCUUUGAGGAGAAUCAGCGUAAUCCAGAGACUGAUAAGGAUGUGAUUGAUUGGAUUCUGGAGCAUUUGAAUAAUAAAACGCGCACACGCCGCAUGGUGCUUAAGAAAAUGAAGGAGCUGGGCUUAAUGUUUAAGGCACCCACCAAGCGUUCCACAGCCGGCGCUGUGAGUAAGAAUGUCUGGCGUACCGAGGAAGACGAGGAGCUACAGAGUCUCUAUGACGAACAUCGUUUGGCUGAAGAUUGUUUACAACGCAUCGUCAACGAAUUCGCUGAACGACGCACGAAACGUCAAAUCAUACAGCGUCUUCUGCAGUUGCACAUCAUAGCCGAUAAAUCUGAGAUCAUGCCCAAGAAGCAACGUAAGCGCAAGUCUAAAAAGAAGUCUGGCAAUGAGGAUGAGUCUGAUAUUGAAGGCGAGUAUAUGGAAGAGCCGCAAUUUGGCGAGCUACAAAUGCCUACCGGCAAAAGCAAGUCGAAGAAGAAUAAAAAGGAUAAAACGAAUAAGAAUAAGAAGAAGCUCAACAUGGCAGCGAAACCCGGAAAAUCAGUUAAACGUAAAAUUGUGCGCACACCACUCGAUGUGGGUACCGUACGCGCGCUGAUCUCACAAGUCGCCGAUGAGCAUCAGGCCCUUAUUGAUUGGUUGAAAGAGAGCAUUGAAGAUGCUUCCGAAGAGACCGAAGAGCCCAACGAAGAGGAUGAUGGUGUGCCUUUAGUGCCGCUUCAAGAGAACCUUUAUAACGCUAUAGAAGAUGCCAAUGUACAAAAGUUACUCGUUGCAUUGGGCAUACAACCGCCACUUUUGGGCUCAGAGAGCUAUUGGCGUAUACCGGUAUAUCUGAAUUCGGCUGACUUGAAGUUGCGGGCCAAAAUUUUGGCUGGCGAAGAGUUAACCGUUGAUAUGGAAGGCAUUGAGGAUGAAGCCAGUGAGAACGAACAGGAAGUGGAGGGUGGCGCUGAGUCUGACACCGCUGAGUCGGAUACGGAUGAUGAUGAUGUCGGCGCAGCCCCGAAAAACGAUAGUGAAAGCGAGGAAGAUUUCUUCGAUAAUUUUGCUGAGAAGCACAAGAAACGCGUUGCGGCCAUGGACGACUUUAUUGAAAAGCGUGCACAGAAAAUGCGCAGCAUUAUGUUUAACAAGAGCGACGAGGAGGACACUGAACGUGCGGGUAUCGGUAAAAAGAAGAAAAAUCAACGUAAGCGCAAAGAACAAGAAAAGAAGAAUGUUGUAGACUCAGAGGAUGACGCAGCUGGCGUUGAUGAAAUCAAAAGAAAACUCGACAAGAAACGUCGUCAACCCGCCAUCAGUAGCGAAGACGAGGAUGAACCAGUUGAUGAUAUUUUCAAUAAAAAGAAGACAUCACAAUUAACCAACGCGUCAGCAGCAACAAAAUCUGUUGCCGCACACGAUUUAUUUGAUGAACUAAAAUCGCAAACCGGCAAGAAGAAGCAAAAGCCCGAGGAGACUACCACUUACACCGAAGAAUUGGAAGAGCUCAAUUUCAAUUCAGAGGACUAUCGCAAGCGCUUGCUGGAGCUGGGCGACAGCGACGAGAACGAUGAUGAUAAUGACACAAACGCUAAAGAAAAUGUGAGCAACAAAACUGCCAAUAAUAAAACUCGAAUGCGGCGCGCUAACGUUAUUGACUCGGAUAGCGAAGAUGAGCAGGCGAAGGAAAAUGAUGAUGAAAUGAUUGGCGGUGACAAAAAAGACAAGCACCUCCAAGGCGAAGAAGACAACAAAGACGUUAAUAAAGCCAAUGACAGCAAUGAUGUCGACACCGACAACGACGACGGCACUGAUAGCAAAGAGCCUGUGAACGUUUCCGUUACUCAAGCGCAUGCAGAUGAUAAUGAUGCUAGUGAACGCGGUUUGGGUGGCGACGUUAUUGACACAACAAGCAACGCUGCUGUGGUUGCGGCACCACACAAACGCAGACGUGAUGCUUUACUUGAUAGCGAUGAGGAAAAUGAGGAGCCCAACAAUGAAGACGAAGAGGAUGCAUUUAUUGUGCGGCGAAAACCCACUAAAGAGGAGCAACAACGCUUAGAUAGCGGUGAGGAGCCUGCCAAACGGCGUCGCCUGGCAAUAAUCGAUGACGACGACAACGAUGAUGAUGAUGAGUAGAUAGCUGCUGACCCGAAGCGAUGGAACGCGAAAUAUACAAGUUACCCUUCAACCCAGCGCCGCUUUAUGGCCAUUAACUCUGUAGUUUAUAAAUGAAUUUUGAAUUUGUAUUUUAAUUUUGCUCAUUUUCCGAUAUUAAUGCUCGUUUCCUUUGAGUUUCUAUGUUCAUUAUUCACAAUAGCGUAAAGUGUAUUUAACAACAAAUUGUUUUUCCAUUGUAUUUGUGCUUGUAUUGUAUUCUCAUUUGCAUUUAUAAAUAAAGUAUUGAAAAAGUAUG